ACUCGAUGUGACAGAUAAUUACAGAAACAGAAUUGUUCAUAUUUUGUGUCGGAAAUGGGACCAACUAUCAACUGAAUAUGGAGUCCAAUAUAUACUGAAUGUGUCCACUCGUUAAAGUGAAUGUCAUGUAAAAAGGAUGAUGUCACUGCUACGGAUAACUCUCACCUGUUUGUGUGUCACCGCUACACAAGGCGUAUGUACAGAACCCAUCACUCCUGAAUAUGGAUUUCCUCUGACCGAUUCGCAAACGUCAUACCCAACAAACGCUACUUAUGACCUGUUCUGCCUACCAGCAUACACCAUAUCAGGGGAGAGCACUCUCACAUGUCUUAGUUCGGGAAGUUGGAAUUACGACACGCCAACCUGCGCACCAUCAGAGGGUACAUACCCAUGGUGGCUCCUCCUUGUAAUGGUAGUCGUCGUCAUCAUCCUCGUACCUUGUGUCGCCCCAAGGAUCAUCUUCUGUUGCUGUUGUAAGAAAGACGAGAAGGCGUCCAAGACUAACGAAGGUUACAACCACGAGCCCGACGAGGAGAGUGAUGACGAGUAUGACUACGAGGGGUGGGGACCGUCGGAGGAGAUGACCGACUAUGGUAGAGGCAAGAAAACAAAUAUGGACGUCAUGCCAAUAGCCCAUCCAGAGAUGGACAAGAAGCAGUUUGCGAGGGCCACAAAGAACUCCAACUUCUAGUAGGCGGUUAUCACGUCAGCAACAUCAUAUAAAAUUUACUGGAGAAGGAAUGUCAACUAUCAUAAAUAUACUGUGGCUAUUCUCGUCCAGUCUCUAAUCAUCACUUGAAUAAGCCUUAGUUAAUAGUAAAAUAUCAAUAUUCAAAUAUGUUUUAACCACAAAACAUAGUCUUGGUCAAAAUCUAUUUGAGCUGCAUUAAGGGAAUUUAUGGCAUUUUUUUUACCGAUACCAACAAAGAAAAGAAUGAUUUCUGUCAAACAAGGGCAUAAUUUGUAAGUUUGUCACAAACGUUUCAGACUUCAUCAUAAUCUAAACACUUCCAAUAAAAAAACUGGUACCAUUAACAAUAGUUAUUCUCUGUGACAACAUGUAUAAUUGGAGUGAAAACAAUCCGAGAUAGCACAGGGACCUCAAAAUGUGCUGGUUCCGCUAUGACCUUAACUAAUGUGUUCAGGUGAAUCUGCAAGUUCAUUU